AUGGGGGAGAGUGGGAGGCGUGGCGGUGGGGAGUGCAAGGUGUUGACCUUCUUUGACCCGAGUCAAGUGGUGGGGGAUGUGGAGCAGGAGGCGAGUCUGGUGCAUGUGUGGCAGCUGAGUUGGCUCAAGGCGGGGUGGGUCCCGGUGGUGCUGCGAGGGGAGGAGAGCAUAAAAGGGCAUGGGGAAUAUAACGAGAUGCUGAGACGUGCAGUGGAGGGGGUGGGGGGGUUGGCAACGAAGCCCAUCGUGACUCGCUGGCUGGCUGUGGCAGCAGCAGGCGGGGGGCUCUUUGCUCAUUACGAUUUGAUCAACUUUGGGGUACCUCCCCCUGCCAACUGCCUUAUUGGACCGCUGUCCACUUAUGGGGAUCUCUUCCCGUUUCUGCUCUCCGGUCAACCGGACGACUUUGCCCGCCUAGCCCAAGCGCGCCUGCCCCUGCCCAUGCAGGCCGCCCACCCUGCCCCCAGCAUCACAGGCAUCGUGUCGCCUCGCUUCCGCUUCCCCGCUGUCAGGGGCAUCGUGCGCUGCUCCCAAGCUACGCUGCCGCUCUUCCUCCAGUCUCCCAUCCUCCAGCUUCCCCAGUGGCGCCAGGUCUCUGCUCUCCUCUGCUCCCACUUCUCCCGAACCACAACCUUCCGAGCCUUCGCCAUACCUCCCCUCGCCACCGUACCUGCCGCCUUAGCCUCCCUCCGCUCCUCCCUCUCCUCCUGCCCCAACUACACUCUCCCCUCCUUCCCCCUCCUCCUCCCCCCCUCCCCUUCCAACCUCACCUUCCUCCUCCUCCCCCACCACAUCUCCCUCGCUCUCGCAACCGACUAUCUCUCUUACUCCGCCAACUCCCAAAACGCCCCUGCUUGGUUCAAGAACCUCUACCCUGGCAUGCCCGUGCCAGCAGGCGUUACUAACUUGGAAUUCUCCACGCCCUCACACACCACCUGCAAUCUCUUUCUACGAAUCAAGAAGAUCUCACCACAGAUAACCGGCUUUCCCGGGCCGAUAGGCCGGGGGGAAGGAAAUGCGUUGGAGAAUGCAGUGAGGGCGGGGUGGGAGGCAACGAGGCCGUUUGCCUCGCAGGUGCAUGGGGAGGUGUUGGAUACGAUUGUGGGUCGCAACCAGGUGGACGUGCAGCUGCUGCAGGCUGGUGGGGUGAGGGUGGAGGAGGCAUUGGCUUGGGCCAAGGUGCUAGAUGGAUAG